AUGGUCACUGCUUUAUCAAACACAGCUCGAAAAAAACUAUGGACCAAGUAGCUCGAUUAUAGACAACAAUAUUUCUUUGAAGAUAUUAAAAGUCUGAAUACACUAGAGUACCAACUAUUGAAGGAGCUUGAAAAGUUGCGCCUAUAGGUGACGCGACAUGAUGAAAUUCUACCUCCUCUUCGGACUAAAGCACAUUCCUCCAACACUCGACAAAGACGAAUAUCAGCAAAAUCUUUUGAAGGACACAAUACAUUGAAUAGCCUUUCUACCAGACGAUGGAUAUCCAUGACUCCUAAAACUACCAUCUACAGCUGAUGACGAAGACUACCACUCUCUUAGUGGAGGGUAGCAUUCUCUACUGUAGAACAGUGUUUGCCGACAACAAAUACCUCCUGAUUGGCCUCUUUUGGUGUAUUCUAACAUAAAUUUCGCUCUACUUCUUCACGAAGAUUGGAAUGUCUCAGCUGCCUUUAAGACACGCACAUUUUAUGUCGAUACCUCAACAGAUUGUUGAGCCCCACCGUUUUGGCCUUCCACCCACUAGACCUAGAGGAAAUUGUUAUACUCUUACCUUUUUUUGGAUCUUCAUCUCCUCUAAAGAGCAAAAUGUCUCUUCCUGGGCCUUAGUGACCCGAAGCUCUGCCAUAUUUAGGUGAGACACUCCGUAACAACAUACAUCACCAAUAGUUAAAAAUUAGCGAUGUCAAUGUAUCAAUUGACCACAUCUUCAAGGACAAGGUAGCAUUUUCCAGGUUCACAUAGGCUAUCAUAUCACAACAUUAACCACGAUUUCAUCCUUAUUUACUCUUAAAGACUCCCGGUUGCUUCCCGAGUCCCUACAACCCAUUGGCCUUUUCAUUUGGAGUCUCUAACUCUCCCUCAGAGCAGACUCUUCCUGGUAGGCGAAUCUUGAGACACAAUCGUAAGGUUUUCCUUCCUUUGACAACUAUCUCAAUUCGAUAAAUUACGCAUUAUAUAAAUACAUUAUAAUUAACUAAAUUGUUUCACAAUUGCUCCAUUAUGAGUCAAUUGAAAAUACCUGAGGUGGGGGUAAAUUAUUUUAACUGACACAUUUUUUCUCUUUUUUCCACAUCUAAUCAUAUCUUUUCCUCUCCCUCUCUCUCACUCACACAGACAAACCCAUCCUCCUUUCUUCUCUUUCCUCUCUUUCUCUGCAACAACAAACCCGUAUUCACUUCUCUUUCGUUUCUCUCUCUCUCUAGUGGACAAUUUGCUCCUCUUCUCUUUCUUACCUAUUUGUGGCGGGCGAUCUACCAAUCUUCAAUGGUGGACAAAUGGAAGAAGAAAAGCUUAGGACAGUCGCCGAUGUGAGGAAUGAGAAUUUCUUUCGAGAUUUUCCAUGGUCUCCAAUGUCGAGACCCCAUCUGAUGGGGGGUGAAGUCGGACGAGGAGGAGGGAAGUUUGAUGGCGCUUUGGUGGUCGAUCUUUCUUCCUUUAUUGCUUUGUUUCUCAAAGGACGGUCUGAGUGCGAUCUAUGACCCUCAUUUGAGUUUGUUUCUCAAAUGUGAGAAAUGUAAUUUGAGUAUAUUAUUAGAUCACACAUUACACAUUACCGAAGAUUAUGUAACAUCAUUCUAAAUCAGUUAUUAAAAAGUAAUUUGUGAAGGUUGAAGUGGUAAUUAUUUAUGCUUUGAGUUGUCAACCGGGAUUUGCCGAUAGCCAAAUGAAAUUAAAAAAAAAAGAAGGUGGGAACGCCAAAGGACGUUAUUGCCCCAAUCCUCUUUUUGGCUUCCAAGAGAUAAUUAUUUCUAAUGUAUCAGUGUUAGAUGAAUCAUCGUAAAAUCUUUGGGAGUGUCUUACUUAAAAUAUUUUUGUGGAUAACUUUAUUCCAGCUACAUCACUAAAUGAGUGGAUGUAAUUUUAUUACCAAAAGAGAUAAUUUGCUUAUUGCCGCUGCGGGUAAAAAAACUAGUAUAGCUAACAACGUAAGUUAAUUUGAGAUUUUGAGUGCCUAGUUAACAUAUUUUCACUACGAAUACAGUAAUUUAAAUGUU